AUGAAUAGCAUAUUCCAGCCUUUCUUGCGCAAGUUUGUGAUCGUCUUCUUUGACGAUAUUCUCAUCUACAUUCCGUCAGAAGAGACACACGCCUCUCAUAUUGCUCAGGUACUACACAUUCUGGAAUCCAAUCAAUUCUUUGUUAAGAUGGCAAAGUAUACCUUUUGCAGCACCACGGUUGAUUAUUUGGACCACUUCAUCGAAAAUGGGGAACUUAAGGCGGACCCUAGUAAGAUCAGCGCGAUGGUCGCGUGGCCUACGCCGAGCAAUCAGAGACAAUUGCGUGGUUUUUUGGGACUCACGGGGUAUUACAAGAGAUUUAUAGCUCGGUAUGCAAUGAUCGCCGCGCCAUUAACCGAGUUGCUAAAACAAAAGGCGUUUAUAUGGACGGAGGAGUCCAACGCGAGUUUCGAAGUGCUGAAGGAAGCCAUGACUCCUGCUCCUGUCCUCCGGUUGCCUGAUUUCACAUUGACUUUUUAUGUGGAGACAGACACGUCGGAUUUUGGGGUGGGCGCUGUGUUGCUUCAGGAUGGCUACGGUCACUGA